CUUCCGGAGUCGGUGUUGCCCGGUAACCGAAUGCAGAGUCCCUGGCUCGCCUGGACUGAGAAUAGGAUCGGUGUCCCCCCGGUAGUGACGAAAGGGGAGCCGCCAUGUUGCUGAGUCAGAGGAGCAGGCCCCGCUGCAGGGAGGUGACCGGUCCUGCACCCCACAACGUGGCCGUCAAAGCCAAGUUUCCUUCCAGCCGACCGCACGACUACAUUAUCCUGGAGAGACGGCGUCAGGAUGACGUCAGGGAGCAGAUGCUGACCUUCACCAAAGAGAUAGACGUCAAAGACAUGAAGAGCAAAUGGGAGAGGCUGACGGACCACAAGAUCCUGCACAACAGGGUCCAGAGGAAGGUCCACGAGACCAUGGAAGACUACAGAAUGCAGGUGGAGGAGCGGAGGGACAGACUUAAGGCACUAUUGGAAGCAGAAGAACUGGAGCAAAUAAAAGAAAUGGAGUCUAUGGAGGAGACCACCCUGGAAAGACAAGCCAAGAUGAGAGAACGGGCUAAGAGUCUGCGAGAGAGAAGAGAGAGAGAACGGCUGGCGAUAGUGGCAGAGAAACGUGACCAGCAGUUCAGGGAGCAAUGUGAGGAAUUGCGAGCUCUAAAGUCGAAGAUGCAUCAGAAUGAGGUGUGUACGGAGAGGAUGGCUCAGCUGGCACUGAAGGAAGAACUGGAGCGGCAGAAGAAGGAGGAGGACAUGCUCUUUGCUGAACUCUGGGAGAAGGAUCGAUUGGCCAAAGUAGAACACGAGGAGAAGAAGACUCAGCAGCAGAUGGAGCUAAACCGAGAAAUGGUAGAUGUGCUGCAGGCGCAGAGGGCCGCGGCCGAGGCUCAGCGGAUGGAGGAGAAGAGGCUGAAAGAAGAGGAGGCUCACUUACUGGUGGAGCAGCGGAAACUGAUGAAGCUGGAGGAUGAGCGUGCGCUGCGGGAGAAGCAGCAGAAACAGUCACUGGUCAGGAAUAUGCUGGAUCGCUCCAUCCACCUGAAGAUGAAGCGCCUGGCCCAAGAACAGCAGGAGGAGCUGGCCCUGGACAUGAAGAUCAUGGAGCAAAUCAUGCAGGACGGUCACGAUGAUACAGAGGAGAAGCGCCUGCGCAAGAUGGAGCUUCAGAGAGAGCAGCAGACUUACCGGCAGUACCUGGCGCAGCAGCUGGAGGAGGAGAAGAGGCAAGAGAAGGAAAUGGAGAAACUGAUUGAGGCAGAGCUGGAGAAAUCCUGGGCAAAGAGGGCAGAACAGCUUAGGCUGGAGAAGGAGGCAAGGAACCGGCUGAUGAAAGAUGUCAUGGAGACCAGAAGACGGCAGAUUAACGAGAAAUUGGAGAGAAAUGCCAAGGAACAGGAAGAACUGGCACGAGAUAAGGAACUUCUGGAAAAGGCGAUUGCAGAACACAAACAGCUUGAAAUGGAAAGAAAUACAAGGAACAUGAAGACUGCCAAGCAGUAUCAGCAGGAACUUCUCUCUCAGGUAGCUUAUCAUCAGCUACAGCGGGAGGCUGAAAAAGAGGAGGAACGGAGAGAAUAUGUCGCCGGACUAGAAGCCGAAAAGUCCUACCAACAGAAGCUGCGGGAUAUCCUCUCUAGACCUUAUGUCCGGAAGGAGCAUGUUCAUCCCCUGAGGAGGACACGGAUCUCCAGCCCCAAAGACUGGUUACCUCAGUGACCCCCACUCGUUGUCCAUAACCAGCAGCAGAUCCCACACAGCCUAAGGGCUCUUUCACGCGAGCGGAUGCCGUGCAGGUAAUCCGCUGCGCGAAAGAGAGCCAAGCCCCGUCCCGGACAGCAGAGAC